UAGGCUGUGCAAAAGUGCCUGGGUACUGAGGCUCCUCGUGGACCUGAUGGGGCUGCCAGGGACCAGCCAGCACAUCUUAAUCUUCCUCCUGUUUAUCCAGCUGGGCGUCUCCUGCAGAGACUGCUGCUUUGAGAGGCCACCGCCUUACCCAGAUGGAGACUCAGGCUCCUUGUCUGGACCAAGGAACUUGAGCUGUUACAGGGUUUCCGGGGCAGAGUAUGAAUGCUCCUGGCAGUAUGACGGCGCUGAGGACAAUGUCACUCACUUCCUGCGCUGCUGCCUGACUCAUCACUAACCCUCCUUCUGCAGCUUUGGCGGUGGGCGCUGCUGUUACUUUCCUGCAGGCAAGUCCAGGAGUGUGCAGUUCUCAGAGCAGGCUGGCGUCCCUGUGCUUUCUAACGUCACGUUUUGGGUGGAGUCUCGACUCAACAACUGGACCAUGAAGUCUCUGGAGAUAUCGCUGUACCUGUCCCACUGGAUCAAGUUCAACCAUCCCCUGGGAAACGUCAAAGUGUCACGUUCAGAUGGGCAGUUACGCCUGGAUUGGAAUGUUUCCGAUGAAGUCCCGGCUGAGGUGCAGUUCAGGCGCCGGACCCCCACAACAAAUUGGACAUUGGGUGGUUGUGGACCCCAGAAUGACUCUGGCUUAGGUAUGAUUGGGGACAUUCAGGACAGCAGUUCAGAGUCCUGUCUUUGCCCUUCGGAGAACGCGACCCAGGAGUUCCAGAUCCGGAGGCGUAGAUGGCAGCUCUCCUUGGGGGCCCCUGGCGGUCCCUGGAGUAAUUGGAGCAACUCUGUGUGUGUUCCGCCAGAACCCUUACCCCAGCCUAAGGUCAAGUUCCUGGUGGAGCCGCUGAGCCAAGGUGGAAGACGGCGUCUGACCAUGCAAAAACAGUCGCCACAGCCUGCUGUCCCUGAGGGCUGCCUGAGAGUCAAGCGUGGUGCCCACGUGAUGUACUUGGUGGAUGUGAAAAUGCUGUCUUGUCCGUGCCAGCAUCAGCCCUCAAAGACUGUGUCCCUGGGCAAGACGCUGAGCCUUUCUGGGGCUGCCUACGAGCUGGCCGUGGUCACCAAGACUCGCUUCGGCCGCAGCUCCAACAAGAAGUGGCACAUUCCUGCCCAAGACCUUGCAGAGAUGAGAACCCUGAAUGUCAGCGUGGAAGGCAACGUAACAUCCAUGUACUGGGUAGCCCGGGCUCCAGACACCACCUACUGCGUGGAGCGGCAGGCAUGGGGCCAGGAUGGGAACCACACCCACUGUACCCUGAUUGCACCACCAGAAGACGGGGACCCUGCCAGGGUGGUGACCCACAGCUGGAGCUCAGAGCCUGCGCUGGGCCAGGGGCGAUGUUACCGCCUCACUGUCUUCGGCUCCAAGAAUCCAAAGAACCCAGUGUUGUGGUCCACGAUCCUGUCCAGUUACUUCUUUGCGGGUAACGGUUUUGCAGCAGGGACCCCGCGCCACCUGUCAGUGAGGAACCACAGCGGGGACUCGGUGUUCGUGGAGUGGGCGCCGUCGCGGCUGAGUGCCUGUCCGGGGGUCCUGAUGCGAUACGUCGUGCGCUGCGAGGCUGAGGACGGCGAGUGGGCGUCAGAGUGGCUCGUGCCACCCACGAAGACCGAAGUGACACUCCAGGGACUGCGCAGUGGCGUGGUGUACAAAGUCCAGGUGCGAGCCGACACUGCGCAGCUCCGAGGCGCCUGGAGCCGCCCCCAGCACUUCAGCUUUGAGGUGCAGAUUUCCCGUUUAUCCAUCAUUUUCGUGUCCCUGGGGAGCUUUGUUAGCAUACUCCUUCUUGGCGGCCUCGGAUACGUUGGCUUGAACAGGGUGGCCUGGCACUUGUGCCCACCGCUGCCCACACCCUGUGCCAGCACGGCUGUGGAGUUCCCUGAAAGCCAGGGCAAGCAGGCUUGGCAGUGGCGCAGCCCUGAGGACUUCCCGGAGGUGCUGUGCCCACGAGAGACGCUGGUGGUGGAGGUGGCCCGGGACGCGGGGGACGGGACGGAGUCGCCGCAGGCUGCCCCUGCGCCCGCCCUGCACACCGCGCAGUCUUUGGAGGACGGGAGACAGAUGCCCGGACGCCCGGAGGCCAGGGGCCUGGGCCAGCACUGUCCCCGCGGCGGCCUGGCCCACGAGAGACUCCCGCUGCUCCUGGGGGGUGUGACCCAGAGAGCCCCCACAUUUGGCGAUCUUUGGUGGACUCAGAGGACUGAUGAGCCAGGACUCUCCAGCCGGCCUGUGGGUCAAGCGGACUGACGGGGCAAGCCUGGGCCCUAUCAUUGGUCUCUGCUUCUGGUCCUUCAGAUUGAGGGGACCUGGUCCUGUGUCCUGGGCUGGGCCUAACCCCGCGAGCACUAGACAGGGAGUCUGGAUAUUAGAGCGUCAUAAGCGAGAUGACUGCGGGCUCAGCACCGUGAGAGUGGGCAG